AAGCCUCAUCAGACUCGUAAAAGUUUUCAUUUUUUUUUCUCAACGCAGACCAAUUGGAUUUGUGGCGGCGACGACAGCGGUUCUUAUCUUUCGUCCGGAGAAUGUUUAUUUGUCUUCUAGGGUUCUGAAUUAGGCAUUCGAUAUUUCCAGAAGAACAAAAGAGAUGGGUCCUCUUGUCGGAGAAACCGAACUCCCUGAAGCUCUCCUCAAGGCUGGAAAAGAUCUCCUCGAGCCUCAUUCGUCUACUGAGUCCCUUCUCGACCUUCUCCAUAAAGUCGAGGCUCUGCUCUCUACUGUUGAGCAAGAUCCUAUUGUAGCUGUGCAAAGUGCCCUUAGACCAUCUAUGAAGGCUUUGGUAUCUGCUGAUCUCUUAAGAAACCCUGAUUCUGAUGUUAGGGUUUACGUUGUCUCCUGCUUAACCGAAAUUAUGAGGAUAACUGCCCCUGAGGCCCCAUAUAACGAUGGCCAUAUGAAGGAUAUCUUCGAGGUUACAGUAGAAGCCUUUGGGAAACUAGCUGAUGCUUCCUCUCGCAGUUACAAGAAAGCGGAGGCUGUUCUUGAUACUGUUGCUAAGGUCAGGUCAUCCUUGGUGAUGUUGGACUUGGAGUGCGAUGACGUUAUCCUAGAGAUGUUUCGGCAGUUCUUGAAAGUCAUAAGCCCGGAUCAUCCGCAACCUGUACUUCAUUCAAUGGAAACGAUAAUGAUCACAGUGAUAGAUGAAAGUGAAGAAGUAUCCAUGGAUUUGCUAGAGAUUUUACUGGCUGCUGUCAAAAAAGAAAACCAAGAUGUCUCAGCAAUGGCUUCGGGGCUUGUGGAGAAGGUUCUCAGUAGUUGCGCCUGUACGCUGCGACCAUGCAUCAUGGAAGCUUUGAAGUCCACAGGGAUUAGCUUGGACAUGUAUUCUCCAGUAGUUUUGUCAAUUUGCCAAAGCGAAGCUGCCACUACUGAAGCACACAUCGUUGUUAACCCCAAAGAAAUUGAGGCAGUUGAAAAGAUAGAAGAACAAGUAGUUCCAAGUGAUCCAUUGCAGGAAAAAAUGGAUUUGGGUCUCUCUGUCAAGGGGGCUAGGUCCAAGAGAACUGCAAGAGGUGGAACUCGAGCCAAUGGAGAUGACAAAGUAACAAAAGGAAAUGAUUUGCAACAACUUUUGAAGCAAGGGCCAUCUGAAAGUACAGAAACAGAGACCGAAUCAGAGUCUACUAGGAGGAGAGGGCGGAAACCCAAUUCUCUGAUGAAUCCUGAGGAAGGCUACUCAUUCAAGACGUCAUCAAGCAAGAAGGAUUCAUCACGCCGAAAGCUCGCUGGCAAGAAAGCAUCUUCCCCUAGUAAAGUUGGUCAAACGAAUCAGUCGCUUGUUAUUUCUCUCUCACCCUCUAGCAGGUCUAAGAAGGGGUCAGGUAAACGUAGCCGGAGUAAGAUGGAAGAGACAAAUCCUGAUGCAGGUUCUUUAGCUAGACCAGUAUCAAAGAAACAGACCGUGAAGAAGGAUAAGCCUGAAGAAGAAGAAGAAGAUUUAAUGGAAACUGACCUUGAAAAGCCUGAAGAUAGCAUUAAGAAGACUGCCAAGCCAAGUAAAAAGGAGAAGAGAGCAGAGAAUGGUUCAGAGAAAACAUCAGCAAAGAAGCCACUUGCAGAACCUAAGACCAGUGGGAAAAAAACAGUCCACUCAGAUGCUAAGAAAAACAAAUCAGAAGGUGCGAGCAUGGAUAUGGAUGGUUCAGAGAAAACAUCAGCAAAGAAGCCACUUGCAGAACCUAAGACCAGUGGGAAGAAAACAGUCCACUCAGAUGCUAAGAAAAACAAAUCAGAAAUUGCGAGCAUGGAUACGGAUGUUCCCCAGUCAUCAAAGAACAAGAAGAAGAACUCCCGUGCAACAACGCCUGCGACAAAAGAACCCGAACAAGCUCCCAAGAGCCAUCCCAAGAGUAAACAAACAGCUGGAGAGGAAAAAGGGUCCAACAAGAGUAAGCUUGGUCAGGAAUUGGUUGGUAAGAGAGUUAAAGUCUGGUGGCCACUGGACGAGACGUUUUAUGAAGGUGUCAUACAAUCCUAUGAUGGUCGCACGAAGAGGCAUCAAGUCUUGUAUUCUGAUGGGGAGGCUGAAGCGAUUUAUCUUAAAAAUGAAACUUGGGAAAUAAUCCAGGAUAAUUCUCCAGCCACUGAGGAAAAGGAGGAUGAUUUGCCUGAUUCUACUCCUUUAUCUGACAUAAUGCGAAGGCAGAAAGCGAAGAAGAGCAAAAAUGUGUCUAUGGAUGUUGAACCGAACAGUUCUUCAGACGUCAGAUCCCAGAAGGAGAAAGAACCUGUAACGAACUCCACUAAGAAAGGGAAACGAACCAAAGGUGCGCUGAAGGAGGGCUUAAGCAACGUACCAGAAAGCAGAGAAGAGAAGGAUGUUAAUUCGUCAAAAGAACCGAAAGCUAAAACUGGCAGGACUAAGAAAAGGCAGAAGGUGACUGAAGAUAUGCACCGGGAAAGUGAAAAAGAUUGUGAUGACAAGGAAGAAGCUGAAACCAAAGGUGCAGACAGUCUGAAAUCAGAUGCAGAGCCUGAAUGCAAGAGAGAUCACCAAGAACUGGCUGAUGAUCCAAAUGCGGAAACCAAAACUGAUGGAGAAGAGCUAAAGUCUGCAGACAAGUCUAAUGCAGAACCAGAAACUGAUGGAGAAGAACAGGAGAUAGCAAAAGAGGCAAGUGCAGAAGUCAAAAUUGAUGGAGAAGAGCGAGAGCCAUUGAAGGAGCGUAAUGAAGAACCUGAAAGUGAGGUACAAGAGGGCGAAUCAGCAAAAGAGCCAAGUGCAGACACAAAAUUAAUUGAGAAGGAGGAUAUGUCUGAGAUACAAGAUGGAGAAUCAGCGAAAGAGCCAAGUGCAGACACAAAAUCGAUUGAGAAGGAGGAUAUGUCUGAGGAGCAAGAGGGAGAAUCAGCAAAAGAGCCAAUUGCAGACACAAAAUCGAUUGAGAAGGAGGAUAUUCCUGAGGAGCAGAGUCAUGGAGAUGCACACACUAACGUGCCUGAGACUGGUAAAGUAGAAAAUGAAGCUGAAGAAGAAGAUCAGAGAGCAGUUAAGGAACAGGAAGAAGAGACUGCUAAGGCAGAAGUCGGUGCUACCCCUGUUUCAGGUUGAUCCAGGAACCAUGCAUGGUUAGGUGAUGAUAAUGCAGGGGAAAAAAGGUUGGUUUUAGGUAACUUAUAUGUUUAGUGAAACUGCUUUGUUUAAAGACCUUACGGUGUUAUUGUUAGUAGAGUCUUCUGACCUGUGUCUUAUUUGUGUGGAACUACUUUGAUGGUGUCACCUAGCUAGUAACAUACAUUUUUAGGACGUGUAUGCAUUUGCUAAAAAACAAAACAGUGAUAAUAUGUGUAGUCUUUUCAGAA